AUGCCCCGCAUGGAACUCGGCGACGUGCGCGUGCUGGACGCCAACGGCCGCACCGGCGCUGCGCCUGCCGAGGGUGGCGGCCGUGCUGUCGGCGCAGUCGCUGCUCGUGCUGGAGCCGCGCUUCUCGCAGUUGCGCGUCGAUGCGCCCGAGCUCGUCAUCCGGCGCGACGCCACGGGCCGCAUCUUCAUCGCCGGGCUGGACCUGAGCGAGGCCGACAAGACCGACGCCGGCACCACCGAGGCCGGCAUGGACUGGCUGUUCAGCCAGCCCGAGCUGGCCAUCGUCAACGGCCGCGUGCGCUGGGUCGGACGAGAAAGCGCGCCGACGCCCGGCCGCUGGAGCUGUCGGACCUGAACUUCAUCCUGCGCAACGGCCUGCGCCGCCAUGCAUUGCGGCUGGACGCCACCCCGCCGGCGGACUGGGGCCAGCGCUUCAGUCUGCGCGGCAAGUUCACGCAGAGCCUGCUGAAGCGGCCGGGCGGAGUUCCAGCACUGGAGCGGCGAGCUGUAUGCCGAGCUGCCGCGGGCCGACCUGCGCGAGCUGCGCCGCCACGUGGACCUGCCCUUCCAGCUCAGCGAGGGCGACGGCGCCGUGCGGGCCUGGGGCCAGAUCCGCGAGGGCCGGCCGGUGGGCGCCACGCUCGACCUGGCGCUGCGUGCGGCGGGCAGAGCGAGCUGAGCGUCAGCAGCAACCUGCAGGGCCUCGCGCUGGACCUGCCGGCUCCCGGCCGCAAGGAGGCCGACGCGGUGCUGCCGCUGCGCCUGUUGAUGGCGCCCACCGGCGCCGGGCGGGACGAACUGCGGCUGGAGGUGGGCAACGGCCCGGUGCCGCUGCUGCAGGCGCAGUUGCAACGGGAUGUGUCGGGCGCCAGCUCGCAAGUGCUCCGCGGCACGCUCGCGGUGCAGGACAAGCUGCCCGCGCUGCCGGCCAGCGGCGUGCUGCUGCAGGUCAAUGUCGCGGCGCUGGACCUGGAUGCCUGGCAGCAGCGGCUUGGCGGCCUCGCUGGCAACGGCCCGGCGAAUGGUGCGGAGGCGGAUGACGCCGGCCUGCUGCCCAGCCAGAUCGCGCUGCGCAGCCAGGCGCUGAAGAUCGGCGGCCGCCAGCUCGGCCGCGCGUCGGCGAUGGUCGCGCGCGACGGCGCCAACUGGCGCAUCAACAUCGAUGCCGAGCAGAUCGCCGGCCGGAUCGAUCUCAAGGGCGUGCGCGGCAGCCAGAUCGACGCGGUGCAGGCGCGUCUGGCCAAGCUGUCGCUGCCGCGCCAGGAGGUCGAGUCCGUCACCGAGCUGAUCGACCCGGGCAAGGCCGACACCGGCAACGGCCCGCUGCCGUCGCUGGACAUCCAGGUCGACGAUUUCGAGCUGCGCGGCAAGCGGCUGGGCCGGUUGGAAGUGCUGGCCCAGGCCCCCGCCGCUGCGCGCGACUGGAAGCUGCAGAAGCUCGAACUGCAAUCGCCCGAAGCCACGCUUCACGCCAGCGGCCGCUGGGGUGGCGAGGCCGCGGCGGCACGCCGCACCCAACUCGACUGGAAGCUCGACAUCGCCGACGCCGGCAAGCUGCUGGAGCGGCUGGGCCAGGGCCAGGUGCUGCGGGGCGGCAAGGGCAUGCUGUCGGGCCAGGUCGGAUGGGACGGCUCACC